CGUGUUAUGAAUAAUUUUUUUAACUGUGUUGUCAAACCAGUGUGUUCUGUAAGAACGUCGUUGACAUUCUGCGAAGUGUGAGCAGAAGAGACGCACAUCGUAAUGCUCUGUAUUGAGGGUCUGAUGUACUGGAUUGCUCUCAUCUGUGGGGGCUGUAUGUCACUUAUCUCUGUAAACGGAACACCCGUGUUCAAUACGUUUUAUGGCCCGUCAAGAGCACCUCCCUCGCAGACGUUAUCGUCUACGGCAACAACGUCUACUCCAACAGCGUCAUCAACACUUCAGUAUACAUCACCAGCAUUUGGAACGCAAAUAUCUAUUGACGACCCCGUGGUGUCGACACUGUCCGUCACGACGACAAAUCCAACGACGACUACAACAAACAAAACAGCAGCAACAACUCUAUUGACAUACACCAAUACGUCGUCUUCGACUUCGACUCUAACAAGCACGGCAAUUUCAACACCGAGUUCACACUCGACGGAUUUUGAUCAGCAGCGUAACACUUCUUUGGAACACGAAGGAAACAGCUCAAGUACAGAUUCGACUAGUGUUUGGUCCACGACAUCGUCUCCGGGGAGUACUGUGCAAAAUGCGUCUCCAGACAACCAACAGAAUGACAAGGUGGACAAUCUGAAUACAUUAGGUGGCGUUAUAUCCGGUUCCGUUGUUGGAGCUUUCAUCCUCCUGCUUGCCUUCGUGGCUGUGUUUAUAUUUGUUGGGCAUCGUAGAAACCCGAUACAUGAAGUGAGACCGGAGGAUGAGUAUAGCAGCAUGUACCUCUACCACUGUGUGAUGGCUCUUCCAUUUGCUUACAAGCCUUGAUAUCGGCCGUCUGUUAAAAUGUACAGGCACAAUAUAACUCAAGUUUUGCUUUGAUAGAGAUAUUUCUGAGUAUCUAGAUGGCGAUUCGGUGAUGACGGUGGUAUUGGAAUAAAAAUACCGAGAGUAUCGUGGAAGCAACACAUUUUCAGAUCAAUUUCAAUAAAAUCUAGUACGCAUAAACAA